GGGAGCGGAGCCCAGGCCGGGUGCGGGCGCUGCCGCCAGCGACCAUGGGGAACGUCUUGGCCCCUAGCUCGCCGCCUGCCGGGCCGCCGCCGCCGGUCGGGGGCGGUCUGGGCGCUGGGGCUGGCGCGGGUCGAGGUUCGGAACGGACCCCCGGUGCUGCGGGUGGCAGCGCCGCAGGGACCGCGGGUGAUGGGGCCUGCGGCUGCCUGCCCAACCCCGGCACGUUCGAGGAGUGUCACCGGAAGUGCAAGGAGCUAUUUCCCAUUCAGAUGGAAGGUGUCAAGCUCACAGUCAACAAAGGGUUGAGUAACCAUUUCCAGGUAAACCACACAGUAGCCCUCAGCACAAUUGGGGAGUCCAACUACCACUUCGGGGUCACUUACGUGGGAACAAAGCAGCUGAGUCCCACAGAGGCAUUCCCCGUGCUGGUGGGUGACAUGGACAACAGUGGCAGCCUCAAUGCUCAGGUCAUUCACCAGCUGGGCCCUGGCCUCUGGUCCAAGAUGGCCAUCCAGACCCAGCAGUCCAAGUUUGUGAACUGGCAGGUGGACGGGGAGUACCGGGGUUCUGACUUCACAGCAGCCGUCACCCUGGGGAACCCAGACGUCCUGGUGGGUUCAGGAAUCCUGGUGGCCCACUACCUCCAGAGCAUCACGCCGUGUCUGGCCCUGGGUGGGGAGCUUGUCUACCACUGGCGGCCUGGGGAGGAAGGCACUGUCAUGUCUCUAGCUGGGAAGUACACAUUGAACAACUGGUUGGCAACAGUAACAUUGGGCCAGGCAGGCAUGCAUGCCACCUACUAUCACAAAGCCAGUGACCAGCUGCAGGUGGGCAUGGAGUUCGAGGCCAGCACGAGGAUGCAGGACACCAGCGUCUCCUUCGGGUACCAGCUGGACCUGCCCAAGGCCAACCUCCUCUUCAGAGGCUCCGUGGACAGCAACUGGAUCGUGGGCACCACACUGGCGAAGAAGCUCCCGCCUCUGCCCCUGACGUUGGCCCUUGGGGCCUUCCUGAAUCACCGAAAGAACAAGUUCCAGUGCGGCUUUGGCCUCACCAUCGGCUGAGCCCCUCCUGGCCCCCGCCUUCCACCCUUCCUCCUACAGAUCCCCCCUCCCCCUCCCCCUGCCACGGAGGGGAGACCUGAGCCCUCCUCCCCCUCCCUUCCCUCCCUCCUCGGGGGUCAAGGGGGCAGUGGAAAGGAGAGGACCCAUCACCCUAGCAGCUGA